CCGUCCAUCACCGCGCGGGGGGCGGGCCCGGCCAAUGGCGGGCGCGUGUGGCGCCCGUCACCGUGGCGACGGGGCCGGUCCCGGGGAGGCGGUGAUGGGUUGACAGGUGCGUGACAGUCGGGAGCUUCUCCGCAGGCAUGUACGGCAAAGGCAAGAGCAACAGCAGCGUCCCGUCCGACAGCCAGGCCCGCGAGAAAUUAGCACUGUACGUAUAUGAAUAUCUGCUCCAUGUAGGAGCACAGAAAUCAGCUCAGACAUUUUUAUCAGAGAUAAGAUGGGAAAAAAACAUCACACUGGGGGAGCCCCCAGGAUUCUUGCAUUCCUGGUGGUGUGUGUUCUGGGAUCUCUACUGUGCAGCUCCAGAAAGACGAGAAACAUGUGAACACUCAAGUGAAGCAAAAGCCUUUCAUGACUACAGUGCUGCAGCAGCUCCCAGCCCAGUGCUAGGAAACAUUCCCCCAGGAGAUGGCAUGCCAGUAGGUCCAGUACCACCGGGGUUUUUUCAGCCUUUCAUGUCCCCCCGGUACCCUGGAGGCCCAAGGCCACCUCUCAGAAUACCCAACCAGGCCCUCGGAGGUGUCCCGGGGAGUCAGCCCCUCCUGCCCAGCGGGAUGGACCCCACACGGCAGCAGGGUCAUCCAAACAUGGGUGGGCCGAUGCAGAGGAUGACUCCUCCAAGGGGAAUGGUGCCAUUAGGACCACAGUCUGACCCUUGGUUGUCGUUGCAGAACUAUGGAGGUGCCAUGAGACCCCCUCUGAACGCUUUAGGUGGCCCGGGGAUGCCUGGGAUGAACAUGGGUCCUGGGGGUGGUAGACCUUGGCCAAACCCAACCAAUGCCAAUUCUAUACCUUAUUCCUCAGCCUCUCCUGGGAACUAUGUGGGUCCUCCAGGAGGUGGAGGGCCACCAGGAACACCCAUCAUGCCUAGUCCUGCAGAUUCAACCAACUCUGGAGACAACAUGUACACUUUAAUGAAUGCUGUGCCACCUGGGCCCAACAGACCUAAUUUUCCACUGGGGCCAGGCUCAGAUGGACCCAUGAGCGGACUGGGUGGAAUGGACUCGCACCAUAUGAACGGAUCAUUAGGCUCAGGAGACAUGGACAGUAUUUCCAAAAACUCUCCCAGUAAUAUGAGCAUGAGCAACCAGCCUGGCACUCCCAGGGAUGACAGUGAGAUGGGUGGAAACUUCCUAAACCCUUUUCAGAGCGAGAGUUACUCCCCUAGCAUGACAAUGAGCGUGUGACCCAUUCACAAGUGUCGCCAUGAAGACCACAGUGAGUUGGCCCUCUCCAGAGAGCUACUGCAGAAGAAAAUUAUUCGUCCCAGUGUACAGUUUAACUAAAGGAUCUCAGACACAAUCAGACCCACCUGUUUUGUUUUUUUUUUUUUUUCUCCUACCAUCUCCCCUGUUUUGUCAAGAAAAGUGAGUCCCAAACAUGCUUGAGACAACUGUAAGGAGUGGCAUGAGAGAAGUGCCCGAGGUGGAGCUGCCAGCGCCUGUCUGUGUGUGUACAUGUGUGGGUCAGCGUGGGGUGUGUGUGUGUGACACCCAAACACACACACACACACAGACCCCAGGACACUGUCAAAUAGGAUCACAUCACAUGUUACUUAGAAAUCAGAAGUAGGGACUUUUAUUCCAUUUCUUUUUUUUUUUUUUCACGUUUACAUUUUAAUUAUUAAAAUUUGCUUUCCCUGUCCCACCCUGAACUGUUUUAUGUUGCAUAUAUCACUGCUUUAUAAGUUAUUUUUUAAGUUGAACUCAAAGGAUAAAUUCUUUUGAUUUUGUUAGUGUCUGCCAUUAUGGAUAGGAAUAAAAUUGCUUAUACGAGCUUUCAUUACCUUGUGUUUGAUACCAGCUACCCUGUGAAUCACAAAUUGUACUGUCUCAAGAAAUAGAAGAAAGCUCAUCUUAACUUUUUGGAGAAAUUUAAUAACUUCCACCUGGUUUGGGGAUUUUUUUUGAUACUUUGCCUUUAAGAGAAAAAAAAGCACUGAAGGUUAUUUUUCUUCUUUAAUUGAAGCCUAAUAUCUGCAAUAUCUAUUUUAAAUGGAAGCCUGAAUUUGAUACAAGCUUCUCAGUUUAUAUAGAGUACUAUAAGGUUACUGUAAGUGAGCUCCAAUUGCUAUAGAAUCUAGCAAUAAAGUGUCAGGGCUUUUCCUGCCCUUGGAACUGAGUUUUCUGUUUAGCAUGGUCUUCUGUAGGGGUGGUAGUUAGUGGAAAUACAGUAGAGUCCUUAUCACCAAAACAUUUUCCAAGAACCUACAAUUAUGUUUCCCAUUUUCAGUGAUUCUCAAACAUAUAUGAGCAAUCUGUCUUCCUAAUUAUAAACAGUAUUUCCCAAGCCCGUUUAGAAAAUCAGGUCACCCUGCUUGGGUGUGUGUUUUCUGCCAUAUCUGCCAGAAUUAAUUCCCACAAAACUUUCCAGUCAGCAGCCUUUUUUUUAUUUUUUUUUUCUUUGAGCCAAAAUGCCACAGUAAACUUUUUAUGACUACUACUAGCCUUGUUGUGAGGGUGUUACCUUUUGCCAUGAACAGAAAGGAAUAAAGGUCUGGGCCCUUUUAGGAGGACAUACAGUUAGACAUGAAAGCUGGGGCCAGAAUGCAGAAAAAGGCCUAAAGGAAACGCUUCUGGAAGCAUUCCCAUUUCUCUUCAGGCAGAGCUCUGAAACCGACAUUAUGGUACUUUUACUUAGUUCCUGAUGAUUUUCAGCUCCCCCAGGAAAAGAAAGGUUUCCAGUUUGUAGUGAUACAAAGGCUGAUGAGCAGCAAUGCAGGCACAAAGUGGCUCAGCAGAAAUUCGUGCCACAGACAAACAGCAAAUUCCUCUCCUUGGACUUUAAUCCAGAGGAGCCACUUGGAGAGCAGGAGCAGUUCUGGGAUGUGGUGUAUCCAUGUGCAAGGGGAUUCUCUUUCAUGAGCUUGUGGUAAAGGAAUAUCACCCAUAUCUGAUAGGCUUGUGAUGGUAGCUGGAUGUGUAAGGAAUUCUACAAUCUCCUAACCCAUUUUUUAUUUCCAUAUAUUACACAUGUAUGAUAUAUGGAAAUAAAAAGAUUUAACAUGUUACUCUCCUGUUAGGGUUACUCAAAGAUGAAAGUCUCAGAGUAUCAAAAUGACAUUGAAGUAUCAAAGAUUUUGUUAGCAUUACUUUUUAGUAAGAACUCCUUGAUUAGAUGUAAACAUGACCUAGAUAGUCAUUAUAUGGUUUUGUAGGCUGUAUUCUUAUUGAUUAUGAAGGUCACAUUCAUUUGCAUCUCUUUGGAAAACACUUUGUUGCUGUUCUCCAAAGAUGCAGGAAGACCCUGCUAUUGGCUCAAGUCACAAGCACAAAAUCAGGUGUAAUUUCUUCAGACCCUUUGCUGUUGUCACUAACGCCACUGGUGUGUCCCCAUUACACCCAGAGUCCAGGUGUCCUUGCAGCCUGGCUUGGCCACCUGUAGUAUCUGUGGUCGUCUUCCAGGGAGCCAGGGACUCCUUCUGGCCCAGUUUCAGGCAGAUGGUGUCACUGCUGCUGGACUAAGGCAGAUGGGAACAGUGCAUUGAGUGCCAAAGGCCAUUCCCAGGUCAGUGAGCUGUUGGGCACCUUGGAAGGGUGGAAAUCUGACCUUUAAACCUGUGCAUGGAACUGCUGACACAGAUUGGAUAUCAAUAUUAAACACGUUAUCCUCACUUUGAUACGGGAGCACAAUGUCCUUUCAGCACAUGAUGGGUUCACUGUGUCCUGCAUUUCUCACACCCGCACAGCCCCACAGGCAGCAGCCGGUGCCACUAAUGCUUUGUCUGAGGCCUUACAGACUCCUCCAGAGGCCAGGUUCUGCAGCUGAACCAAUAGAAAACAAUCCUGUGUGCUAAUUACUCAAAUCCUAAAUUAUACCUUUGGAUUAUUUCUUUCUUAAUAAGCACAGGGCUUUUUGCUUGUUCAUUUCUCUUUCCUUUGCUUACAAAUCCUUGUAGGAUUUUCAUGGUAUCUGGAGUAUCAAUAUGGGAAGAAACACUCAGUUUUUUCUCCUACUUCCAUUUUUUAUGCUCCAGAUACCAGGAGCAAUGUAACUGCUGUUUGGUUCUGUCCUUAUGCAACAGCACUGUUGAUAAUGUCAGAACUUGUCCAGCUCUGGUAGGAAUUUUAUUUUAAGUGCUGCAGGGUAGGUCUUCUCACACUGGGUUUUUAGACAGAUCUUGCUCUUUAGCAUAGAAGUAAAUAGGAGGUGAUUCUGUAAGUGGGUAUUUCAGGCAAAGUUGAAGUAAGCCUUCUUAAAAACAGAAGUGAUUAAAUCCUAGAGUAGCAGAAAUGGAGAGUAAGGGAUCUGUUAUGCUGUGAGAACUCUUGCAGAUAUUCCAGCUUGGUAGAAAACAGCUGAAACUGGAUUCACCUGUGAACUUCACAGUGCAACCAGGGUCUUACCUGCUGCUCAAACCUAUGGAAAGCAGUGCUCAGAUGCAGAUGUCCACGUCGCCCAGAUUUUAUUGCCAUGUCUAAGAGCAGGCAUUGAGGCAAGGAAGAAGUUUCCCUGUCUCAAUCACAGGUAAAGCAUGUGGCCUGGUGUGCAUUAACAAAAUGCCUGGAUAUUUGCAUGUAGGGAUUACAUUAUUUUCUUAACUACCUGAGAAUCAGGAAAAACUGCAGUUUGGAACUUGCACUUCCAACCCCCAGAGAUUCCAUUUUUUAUUUGGAGGCCCUCUGGUUGCAGAGCCCUUGCCACCCAACAUGUCACAUAUUCAGAGACAGUAACAACUUUCAGGCUUUUGCUUUCAGCCUGUUCCCCAUAGUGUAGGAUUAAAUGUUCCACGUCCCAGGACAUCCAGCUGUUCCUUCCCCUUCCAACAGGAAUACCCAAUGAGAAAUGUGGAGGCUACUCAUUUAUUUUAAAACCACUUGGGGAGAGGUGAAUAGAAGCUUGCUUCUUUACGGAUGCAUCAAAGGACAGCUUCUUGAACUGCCUAAAACCAAUCGAACUUUCCUGUGUUCUGUGGCAAUACUGCAUGUGCAAAUGAUUUGGAAUUAGAUUUAAUGAGGGACCAGCUGUUACAAUAUUUAGUGUUGAUCACUUCAUUCAAAAAUGACUUUUCAGCUGAUACAUAUUACACAGGGUCCUAUUUCUGAAUCAGUUAUUUAUUGUUUUCCCCUGUUUCUAGUCAGCUCUGAUCCACUCUUGUUGCCAUGGCUAAGUAUGGACUGGUUUAUUCAGUAUUUCACCCUGCCCAUUUGCCUUUCAAGAAUGUAAAAUGUACCUUAAUGAUGUAAAACGUACAGGUAAAUUUAUUUUUCUUUAAUUCACCAUAAGUGGUGAUAGAGCUGUGGGUGCUGUCAGACACACUUGGGUUUGCUCAGGCCUUAAGGAUGGGAAUCCUGACAAAGCACAUCUUUCAAAUAAACCCCUAUAAACUACUUCAACACUGUUAUCUCACAGUGAGGAUCCAGUUCAUGAUUUAGUGAUUCAAAAUAACUCUAGAAAUGCAGAAAUAAAUUAGUUAGGUUUAAAUUUUGUUGUAUGCAGCUCUUUCUACUUUUCACAUAUUGGCACAGUUCUGUAAACUGCUGCUUGUGCCAGUUCUGCUGAAACUUUGAUGAAACUAUUCACAUAAGGUCAUUGUUUGGGUAGGAUCUCACCCCAGUCUGGGUCAAAUAUAUAACUUACCUGUGGUGUAACAUUAUUUGGCAGAUGUAAAAACUGAGUACAUAGAGAAAAAUACAGAGGGUCUGUUGAAAUUACCAAAAUGAUGUUUCAAUCUGAAAAAUGAGAAAAGAGAGUUUAAAAUACUGCUUUGAGUGCACUCCUGUAUAGUGUCUACAUAUUGGGAACAAAUUACAGUACCAAAUCUAGAAAAAGUAAAUAUAUCAUCUACUCAGCACAUGAAAAUUCUGAUCCUGCCAACAGCUUCACCUUGAUCUCAAAUUGAGCCUGCACAUAGUUAAUUUUAAACAGAUCUAAGAACAGGUAGUAUCCUUCAGGAAAUUAAAAAAGUAGGACUGUAGUAAUCUAAACCCAUGCUUGAACAUGGACAGUCUAGAGCUCAAAUUAAGUCUUUCCUAAGCAGCCAUUAUUUCACAGAUCUUAGCAGUGCAGGAGCAUGUUUAUGUAUCUGUAGUACUGACAUGCAGAGCAGAUUUGGCUUUCUUCUGUUUCUUAAUUUAUUAGAGCUUUGUUCACUAUUACAUGAAAUAUUUCUGUGAAUUUCUUCUUUCAUCUUGUUUUCAGUUGUGCAGCCAUAGUUUCCCUCCACACAGCCAACGGCUUCGCAGUUUUAGUCCAAACUUCUGUUUGGUUGCUGUUCUUCAUUUAAGCUUAAAAUGUGUAAGAAAGCCUCUCAUGUAAUAGGAAAACUUGCCAUAAAAAUGUAUAAAGGUUUUCUUGGGUACAUGUUUUCAAAUUUAAUAAAUGCAGUUUUCGGUUAUAAUUUCAAAUGGUCACUUUCUAGCCACUAUUUCAGUUUUGUGCGCAAAAGAAAUGGAUAGACAAAAAGAAAAUCACCUUCUUUUUCUUUAUUUCACUUCAGCAUUGUAAAUAUUUGCUGAAAGACAUGGUUUUGGGGAAAUCAGAUAAAAAAGAGAUUUGCUGCCUAGUUGCUCUAAAUAAUACAGCUGGACUUCAUGCUGAAAGCUCCUUCCACAUCCCCAAAAGUGUACAGCUUGACAUCCGAACUGUGUGACCUUGUACAAAGCCUCAUUCACCAAGAGUGGUUUAAUUUGCCCGGUCAGUGUUCGCAGUGUGUCCCAUGGGUGAUUCAGGGUUCUGUGGUCUCAGAGGAGCGGCCGAGUGGUCGAGCAGGCUUGUUCCCAGGGUCAGGUGGCUCAGCAGUGGGCAGUUUUCCACCAGAAACAAGGUGUUCGUUCGCUACCUCGCUGUUCUCUUGAGAACUUGCACAACUCUUCUUGCCAUUAGGUUCUGGGGAUCCCUUCACGAUUUUACAAUGCUGAGACAAGAGGCUGGAUUUUGCUAAGAGAAAAUUCCGGCAGUUUUAGCAUCGGUUUUCAUAGGGAAACAGCAUGAAACAUGGGGAUUUUGAAAGGUGAUGUGUUCUCAAUAGCCUAUGAAACAGACUGUACAGUCUAGGGGUUUGGGCUAUUGCAGAGAUACUGAAAUCAUCAGUAAUUGCUUUUGAUGGGAAAAAGUAUUGUUGUGGAACAACUGCUCUGACCCCUGAGGAGUCAAAUUGUCAACUGGAUGAACUGGAUAUUUUAGGCUUCACUUGUGUGGUUUUAAUCUUCAUGUCUUACUCUCUCUCACUUGGGCUUCCCCUAUAAAUGUACUGUGCCAGGUCUUUGCACAAAAAUAAGAACAUUUUGCCCAACAAGCAUGCAGGAGGUUGUUCAUACCUGUAACUAGAGCCCUGCUGUCGGGACUUCAUUUCAUUAAUAGAAAGGAAUAUUGAGUAUAACACCAGAUAAGGAGUGGCAGUGCAGCAUCCUGAGAGCUCUCACUGCUCGAGAUGAGGACAGUUAGCAUCCCACAUACUCACAAAUCAGACGAGAUGGUUCCUAACAAUGAUAGAAAACAGCUUCAAAGAAAAACUCGUUUUUGUCUUGCAGAGUGGAUGAAAAUAAAAUCCCAAAUACAGGAUAUAUUUAAUUGAGGUAGAAAUUUACUAAAGUUCUCUGUAACAGAGACACAGAGCACAUCCAGUGGUUUAGUUGGAAAGCAAAGUGGUGUUAUUAAAUUGUUAUCAAUAAACAUAACAUCCAAAAGCAGGUAUAAGCUAUUUUCAAUUUCAUUUUUCUAGUCUUUUUUAUUUUUUCUGAUUAUGUUGUAGUUUUGAUUUGAUUUGCAUUUACAUUAAUGGAUAAGGAAGAGAACACAAGUUCCCAAAGUAGGGCUGGAAUGAAUUAGGGCUAGAAUUAGACACAUGGAAGAGUGGUGUGAGUAAAGCUGGAGUUUUCUGUCAGUUAUAAAUCAAGUGAAUUUUUAUAUUACUAUUUUUCCAGGACAAAAAGCAUCCAUACAAUGAACUUUGGCUCUGUCAUGGCUGUUUGAGAAGCGUGAAUCCAAUUGCUGUGUGUGUGCUUGGACACCAGUUUUGAGGGGGGUUUUUUGGGUUUUUUUUGCAAGUAUCCCCUUGGAGUGCAUCUGCUUUGUGCAUGUUUGGCUAAAACCACAAAACCAAACCACUUUUGUUUUUAUGGAUUGCUGUACACGCAUCUGGUUCUGGUGGAAAGAGGAGGAAGUUUUGUUAGCUGGUGGGUUAGCAUAUUUAUGUGAAUUACUUACAGCAUUGGUAAACUACUGUCAACUUUGUUCACAUUGCACAAGAUACUCUGUGUUGUCUAUUGCUGGUGUUAUAACCUCGGUGGUCCAUGCAUAUCCUGUAAAUUCCUGUAGGUUUUGUGUAAGAAAUCUUGCCACCACUGCUUGCUACUGUAAAUUCUUGUUUUGAAGCAAGAGGUGGCCUUUGACUGUACAGCCAUGUGUAUUAUAUACUGCAAAAGUCCUUGUUCUGUCCUCUGAACUCACUGUCCACAUAGAGUUGAAGCUCUGUUAAGCACGCUUAGUGGUUUCAGAAUUUAUUUCAAACAGCAGAUCUAUAAGCCAUUUACAGAAAUAUUAAAUGUAAUGUAAGAGAAUUCAACCCAGUUCAUAUCCUUUCCUGAGAGCUUGGGGUUGGAUUGGAGCAGGCAUCUGCAGGUUUUGGAGCAUCCCAGGUGCCUGUGCCUGCACACCUGAGAGGUGCCACAGCUGUGCAGUGUCCCCUGGCAAAGGGGUGCCCCAGGCACAGCACCUGGGCAGGCUGCUGCCUUACAGAGAUGUGAGAGCUGGUGUGUUUUUUAUUCCCCACAAACUGCAGCAGUGCCAGGACAGAAGCCCAUCUCUAGGGGCACAUGAGAGGCACAGCACUGCCCCUGCAUUGUGUCCUCAUCCCCACCCACCGCAGGCUUUACCUGAGGUGGUGUUUCAAGGAGAUUUGAACUCUCUGUCUGGUUACUGAGAGAGAAAAAUAACCUGAAUUCUGGGACUCUGCAUUCUUUUUUUACAGUAUUUUAUGAUAUACAACAAAGACCUGAAAAUGUCUGUGUGUUCUUUGCUGGUUUCUGACAUCAGAAUUUCAAGUCCUGUCUAGUCUGAAAGGCAAUGAUGGGAAAAGCGAAGAAGCUUGGAAAGUUGAAGGGGAUUCUUACUUGGAUUACUUUAAAUUCUGUGUUUCUAUUGAUAGUUGAAUUAAAUGAGUAGGCUAAUCUUUAGAAUCAAGGCAGUCUUAAUGACUUUGCACCUUCACCCUUUCAUGUAAGACUUUGAGAACUUGCAGUAAGUGUUCCUCAUGCUUACAGUCCAAUUUGUAGAUAAAUUCCCUGUAUUUCUAAGAUCAAAAAAUAUUUCUACAGUUACUUCAGCCCUUUACAGAGAAACAACAGGGCAAUCCCUGUCCCAUAAUCCCAAGUAUUUGUAGGUGUAUUUUAGACAAAGAAUGACUUUCAACAUCAUAAAUGAAACUAAUGUUCAAUAUUCCAGUCUCUGGAAGUAAAGGAAACCUCAGUAAUUUUGCAAACCAGCAAGAAUGAAACUUGUCUAUAUAAAUACUAAUGUAGAAAGUGCAUGCAAAACUUGAUACUGCCUCUGACCUUAAUCGUUACUAUUGAUACUAUUGGGGAUCUCACAAAUGUGUGUUUCAGAACGCUGUAUUUCUCCUCAGUGUGUGCUUCAUCCUCAUUACCGACAGCUCCUGCCAGGAGCCAGCCCAUGCCCUGGCCAAGGGUGGGGAUGCAGAGCUCCCGCAGCACCAUGGAUACGUGGGCGUGUGUGCAUGCUGUGUUAGGAUGAGCAACCACUCUGGCUGCAAACCCCUCCAGACCUUGUGUGUAAGUCUGCAGGGCAGCCUGGGCUGCCUGGGAGGGCUGCAGUCCCAGGCAGCUCCGGGUCUUGCUUUGGGGGAUCGUCAUGAACUCAAGCCUCACUGUUGAGCGCGUGAUGAGCUCCCUGCCAGACUGUGAGCUGCAAAGGCACGGCUGGUGUGGGUCACUGACCCAAAGCGUGUCUGGCUGGGAGCCUCAGACAGGCCUGUGACAGACUGGAUUGUCAUGGUGAUACUGUGCCACCACAUCAGACUUGUUUCCGCUCCAUGCUGUGCCCUGAUUCAUCCUGCCCUAAUUUCAGCUGGCUAAAAAUUACAGCCUGGGUCUCCUGUGUAAGCCAGAGGAGGGACACGAGUGGAGAUGCCUCUGGAAGAUUGCAUUAUGGCAUCAUUUGCCCUCAGCACUGAUGAACGGCUGGAAUUAGGUGGGAUGAAUCCAAGUGUGUACAAUUGGCUUCUCACACCUCUACACGAACUUGUAUUUGUUUGAGCUUGGAAUGGGCAAGAAUAAUGCAGCUCCUUUGAACCUGAAGCCGAGUGUCUUACAGAUGACUUUCUGAAUUCAAUCUCAAGCAUGAGAUUUCUGCCCUGUAGUGCUAUUUUCUUUAUUUUUACUUCAAUUUUAAUGGACAGCUGUAGCUUGAACUUGCAAAUUGUUGAAACAUUUCUAGAGGGAUUACCCCUGCCUAGGAAACCUCACCUUUAUUACUCAGAGUGGGCUUCCUUGUUACCUGCACUGAUUUUCUUUGGAAGCAAUGCAGGGUAAAACUAUUGCAUAGAUCAAUCAACACCAGCAAUAGCAUAUGCAGCUUUUAAAUUCAGCUGUGACCUUGUAACUAAGGUAUUAAUGUUCAUACUUUCCAGGUGUGGCUAAAGAUUCCUUUCCUGAGAGCUUUAAGGAAUAAAUCUAGGUGGUCCUGGUUGAGGAUUUUGAGAAUACAUGUAGUAAUGGCAGUUUAUGAUAGUUUUUUUUGAGGGAAAUGUGUGACAAACGUGUUGGGAUUUGGUGUGCUGUUUUGGAGAUGAGGGAAUACCCCGUGUCAGAUAGAGCAGAUCUGCAGGCAGCGUUACUGUGGGUUAGCAGAGCCUGCUUCCAGCAGGUUCCUCCUCUCGUUCCCCUCACUCCCUUCCCCAUUACCUGCGGUACGAAAUCCUGACAGCAGUUGUGCCAGUUGUUGUGGCGAGCUGAGGAACAGCUCCAGGCUAAAACUCAAAUGUUGUAGCUGCACCUUCCACCUUCACUGGGUGUCCACGUUCUCAGAGCUGGGCUGGGACAGCAGUCGCCUCCACAGCUGCCCUGUAAUCUCAUCACACAAAAGUGGGUGUCACUUUUUAUGAGUUUAACAGGAGCAGUAUUGAUCCAUUCACUUUAUUUCCUGAGUUGUGAGUCAUUUGCUGUUGGAAAUUAUACAGGUCUUGUGUAGCUGCAAGUAGAAAAAUUGAGAUUUGUUUCUUAUGAUGAGCUGGUACAAUUCCCGCUCUGCUGUUCAAUAUUUUUGAGUGCUGAAGUUAACCAAAAUGCUACUUUCAUGGGUUAUCUCAGCCUCAGCUCUGCAUGAAAAUGGGUAUGAAAUUCCAGUUGCUGUUCCUGGUUUCUCUGUGAAUUCUGAGCCAAAGGUAAAGCAGUGGGGAAGAUUGUUGUGGCAGCCACUCACUGACACCUUUUCAGAUGCACAAAGCCAUUCUGUCUGUCAUCUGAUGGUGCUCCAGUUUUCUCACUGGGUCACCAUGUUGUUGUCAGCCAGUGGAGGAAAGGUGGAUGAGCUCACCACCUGGGAAGAGUAGAAAUGUAGCAAGUAAUGAGCUAUGUUCUCCAACAGUCCUUUAUUUGUAGAGCUUCACUUUCAAUUAACAUUUGUACCUUCAGUUAUUAUUGUACCAUUCACUAUCUUGAGGUGGUAUGAGCAGAAAUUUAUGAAUAUAUAUAAUUUACCAGAAAUAUAGGCUUGUAUUGUGCCUUUGUAAUUCUCUUCAGCUUCAGUAUGUAUACGCUACGAGCAGAUGAACUUCCUCCCUCUUUUGGGGUGUUCUUUACUGCAACGGUAGCUGAUGGCUUCAUUAAUAUUGGCUCUUUUAGUCUUCUGGGGCUAACAUUUCUGUUUUUCUGAGUGAAAAUGCCAUAGUGCCCUCAGCAGACAUAAGCACAAUGACAUAACACUGCAGUGCAUGCUGUCUCUUAGCUUCUCUCUACACGUGCUUGCAUGUUGGAAGAUCUGAAGAGCUGCUGUGUAAAUUGCUACAUUAUUUACCCAAUACAGGUGGUUUUCCGCAUCCCUUCUUUGCUCAAAACUCCCAUUAACUCAGAAGUUAGUGAUGGCUCAAAGGGGGGUUUUGGAAGCACAAAGGAUGCAGGAAGCAACUCUUCAGUAGUUUACAGGCUGCUAUAAAUGUCUUUUCAGCAACGAAAUGUAGCAUUUUAGCAGUAACUUCCUAGUGAAAACACUGAGCGUGCUUAUCACUUAAGAUUUUAAGAAAAAAAGUGUCAGACUGUGUAAUUGUAUCUCAUAUAAUUUUGACACUUAACCAGUUUUAUCUACGUGUUCAUGCUAUACCAACCAACACAGACCUGAAAGGUGACAGCCAUGUUUUUGUUACACAAGAAGUCACAGUUUACCAGAGGUUCUGUUUUGAGUUUUUGUUUCUUUACCACAUUUUCACUGCAGAGGUAUUUUUCUAUAUAGUUAAUCCGAGGCUUCCAUUCACCAACCAAAAGAGUCUGUAGCCCUCUGCACUGUGAAAGGCAAAGCCCUGUGGAGAGACACGGGCUUCGCACUUGCCCAGCAAAUUAGCAGAAAUUUCACCCAAGCCAUAAAAGCCUCUUAUGUUAAUCUCUGUUUAUGUAAUUAAAGCAAUUAGGGAUAGGAGCUUCAGGAAUAAUGAGGUCUCUCUAUCCUCCAUUUACUCUCUCUGUGCUUCAUAGGGAUUUAAGGGUUCUUUUUUCAAGGCUCAGCUGUGUCUCUUCAAACCAGUGCAGUCUAAGCAUCGUGUGAGAUGCAGUUUAUGGAGAUAGCAUUGGAGCGUGAAAGAUUUACUCCUGGUAGCAAGGAAAAACUCGUGUCCCUGUGGACAUGGACACUUGCAAACAAGUCUGAUACCGAGAAUUAAAACAAAUGCGUUCAAGAUGGUACCAGUACAUCAGACUCUGUUCUACAGUGGGGUUUUUAGCUUUUGUCAUUUGUAUUUUAUUUUGUGAAAAAAGGAGUUGGGGGGAUCUCAGAUCACAUGGGGAAUAUUAGAAGUAUAUCACUCAACAAUCAUUUUAUAAAGUCUAACUUCAAAAUGCACUAUGAUUUAUUACAAAAGUAUAUUUUCUUCUGUUUUUCGACAUGGUGGUUUCCAUUUUGUGAUAAGUUAAACUCAGCAGUUAAUUUGUUGCACUGCCUGGCUGCAUGAAUUCAUCCAGUGUACAUACGUACCUGUGCAGCAUUACUUUUGGGGUUUGUAUUUGAAUUUGCAGUAUUGAUUAUUAUUUUUGUAUUUUACUUUGCCUCUGUUAUUGGAAUUGUAGUAAACAUAAUUUAUACAUAUGAUUUUACAACUGUUUUGCAACUGAAAAGUCUCCUUUAAAUUGUAAAGUUUUAUUGAUGGAUACUCAUUAAAAUGGUAUAAGAAUUAUAUUAACAAUUGUUUUGUGUUUUGAUGCUCUCUGUAUAUAAAUAUAUGUCUAUUUAUCUGUUUAAUGGUGCUUGUGUCUUGCAAUUUUGGAUACAUUUUAGAAUAAAGUUUCAUUUUACAAGAA